CAGUAACCUGCACCAAAACAGAAGCAUCAAAAGGGCAUUUAUGUCAUGAUGAUAAGGCAUGGAAAGUUCAGUUUUCAUACCUUCAUAUCGCGCUAAUGAUGUAUAGCUCUAGCUUGCCUUCUCCUGCUGCUGCUCUAUUUAGCUCCUCUGCACUCAGCUGUCAGCUCUUGGCUUCCGAAAGGCAGCAGCAUAUUACGCGCCUACUCCAAUGGGGCGAUCGCCAUGCUGUGACAAGGUUGGCCUGAAGAAAGGCCCAUGGACUACGGAGGAGGACGAGAAGCUUCUUGCCCACAUCGAGGAGCAUGGACACGGGAGCUGGCGUGCAUUGCCCUCCAAGGCCGGUUUGCAGAGGUGCGGCAAGAGUUGCAGACUGAGAUGGACCAACUACCUGCGGCCGGACAUCAAGAGGGGCAAGUUCAGCCUGCAGGAAGAACAGACCAUCAUCCAGCUUCAUGCUCUUCUUGGCAACAGGUGGUCUGCCAUCGCGACACACCUGUCGAGGCGCACCGACAACGAGAUCAAGAACUACUGGAACACCCACCUCAAGAAGAGGCUAGCCAAGAUGGGGAUCGACCCCGUCACCCACAAGGCCACCAACGGAGCUCCGGCAGGCACAGCGGCCGACGUCAGAUCGGCCAAGGCCGCGGCGAGCCUCAGCCACAUGGCCCAAUGGGAGAGCGCCCGGCUGGAGGCCGAGGGGCGGCUGGCCCGAGAGUCCACGAUGCGCACAGCAGCAGCUUGUACACCGACUUCAAUCCCAAACAUGCCUCCAGACCCUGCCGCUUCCCCGUGCCUCGGCCUGUUGCAGGCAUGGCAGGGAGCCAAGCUUGACUCGGAGUCGCCGACCUCCACACUGACGUUCAUGGGCGGUAAUAAUAACAGUGUGGCAUCCGAAAGCAACUCGGCGACCGCGAUGUGGAAGUUGAGAAGCUAUGAUCCGGAGCGCGAGGAGGACGACAUGCGCAGGUUCCUCCUCCGCGAGCAGCAGAUGCAAGUGCUGGAGGGCGAGGAGGAGGAGCCAUGGUUCCAAGGGGCCGCAGGCGUCGGAGCCGGCCUCACGGACAUGCUGCUGCUCGCUGGGUCCGGCGCCGGUGGCGUGCAUGAUGCGCCGCCGGAGUGCUGGGGCGAGUCCAGCAAUGGCAGCCAGGCCUCCGGGGGGGACGGAGAGAGCGGUGGUGGCGGCAGCAGCUACUGGAGCGGCAUCCUCGGCAUGGUGGUCAGCUCGGAGCUGCCAUCGUCCCAUCCCCAUCUACCAGCAUUCCUCUAGGACGGGGACGGGUUCAGGCGGAGUCCUCUCGAGUCUGUACAUUUUUAUUCUUCAUUCAUUUUUGGUCAAGGCUUGCACCAAAAACCCACCGAAUCGGCUGCUGUGAGGAUGCAGUAAAUAAACUGGGAUUGUACUCUUUAUCAUGGAGCAAGUAAAAAGGAUCAAGAUGAGUGCGUGCGUGUCGAAUGAUAGGUCAUGCAGGAGCAGGACCGGCGACACCAUAGUUAAUGACGCACGGGCUUCACAGUUGGUUGGUUGAAUGCCCAAGCUGCCGCCGUGUCCGUCUCCCUUGCCUUCAGAUCAAGAUCAAACCCCAGAAUGAUUGACCGGCACUGCUCAGAUCAAAGCUUCGGUCCCCAGAGAUUUAUUAUCUUUUGGAAUAAAUGAGGGAAUUUUCACAAUAAUGAGGGACUGCUCAGUAAAGGUAAACAUCCAGUUUGUGUUUUUACUCCAUUUGGAUGGAUGCAAAUGCGCUGAAAAUGAGGCAAUUGACACUGAAACCGCAAAUACUACUCCCUCCGUCCAUCCACAAAUGUAAGAUGUUCUAACUUUUUCUUGUGAAUCAAAUAUAUACAAACACGUUUUAGUGUGUUUGUUCGCUCAUUUCA